GAAAUUAAGAAAUUCGAAGAUAUAUUUCAUUCGGAUAUAUCACAUGACUGUCAUACGCAGCUACAAAGAAUUUUGCAUUUUGACAGGGCAAAUUUUCAUGGAAGGUGAAAACUGCUAAAUUUUUGCCAUUAAUUCCCUUAUAAUUUCGUUAAGUUUCGGUUAGAUUGCAUUUUAAUUUAAUAUUAAUUGCAUUAACUUUAUUUUGGCGUGACACGUAUACGAGAGAAACAAAACGAAAUGAAAAUUGCCUUUUUAACGUUAUUCGUGAUUGGUGUUGCAGCCGCAUCGGACUCCAUUGUUUUAGUUUUGGCACCAGUUGAACCAAUUCCUGCACUAUCCAGAGUAGAUAAUGAAAGUUUCAAUCGAAUUGCAAAACCACUUGUUAAGGACCACAUGAUUGCUGUUUUCCAAGAAGAUGAUUUAUCGUUCAACGAUUUUCUGUGUAAGAGUAACCGAUCUGAACAACAGUCAUGUUAUUCUCACCUUCAAAACAUCACGCCCAGCACUUUUUACUUGAGGGUCGAUAGCCCUGAAAAAGUGCUGGAAAAGAUAGAUCCUAAUUACGAGGUAAUUAUUAUCUCUAGAAGUGGAAAGCUUGAAACACCACUAAAGUGCAAAGCGGGAAAAGUAGCGUUUUUGCGAUUCAGUGACGAAAGUGGUGUAAAUCGCGAAGAUACUUUGGAGACACAUGACAUUGCCAUUUCGAAUGUAAUGAAACAAGUAUCUUGUCCAACUGUAUUUAUGUAUACAUCGAUCCCUGCAAAAGAUGUGACAGUUAAACGUUAUCGGCGUGCAUUGUCCGUGGCGGAGACUGCAGCACCAAAAGGUGGUAUUAUAUUCACUGAUCCCAAAUUCCAAAUUUUCUAUACAACGUUGGCAGUAAAAAUUGGUAGUGACCAAAGGAAAGAAAUUACUGUGGGCACUAUGAAAAUCGAUGAUCGCAAUACCACCGACUUUAGUGUUACACUUAGUAGCAAUGAUACUGCUGACUUGAUCACAUUUGACAUUGAGUUACAGAAGGGUUAUUACUACAUGAAGCAAUUGACAUACAAUAAUAUUACAGUGUUCCGCACAAACGAUAUAAAUGCACCUCCGGCCUUCUCCUACUUUUGUGGUAAUUUAACUGUUUAUUCAGCAAGCGGUGAUCAACUGUUUUGGAACUCUGUACAGUUUCAAGCACCUUUUGGUAGUACCGUUAAGACUGUAAAUGAAAAUUAUUUUGAAUUUGGUGAAUCCUGGAAUUGCGUCGGUUUUGUUACACAUGCCAUUCUUGCUGGUCUAUUCGUGUCCGCAAUUUUGCUUGCAAUUCUUUUCGUUGGUAUUUGCUGGAUGAUGGAUAUCAAUACCAUGGACCGAUUUGAUGAUCCUAAAGGCAAAACGAUCACAAUAAACACCAACGAGUAGUUAAAAUUAAAUGGUGUUAAACUGCUGAUUUGCUACUGUCAACAGCUUUUUUGCAAUGUCAGUUGCGCACACUUCAUUCCCCUUUAUUCUGUUUUAAUAUUUUAUAGCAACUUUUUGGAAACCGUCUCUGCUCGCAAUGUGGUUUUGAUUACUGUAUUAGUUGAAUCAAAUUUAAAGAAAUUCUUCCAUUAUCAUACUAAUAAACAUAGAAACUGGGAAAUUAGAAUUACGGAAAUAACAAAAUUAUUCUUCACCGUAACCUUGAAAUAUUCAUUUGAUAUCCUUACGAAAAAUCAUGAGGAUUUGCAUAGUUCAAAUACAAGUUUCCUUCACAAUUUCCAUUAAAUUUACUCCAUCUCUUUACUCAGCAUCGACCACAUUUGAUUUCAAAUAUGUGUGUUUGUGGAAAUUGGGAAUAAAACUUGGAUCCUUAUGUACUUAUAUAUAUUUACAUUUGAUUUAAUUGAAAUGUUUAUAUACAUAAAAUUUCAAUUUCUUUAUGAGGGACAUAAAGUGUUUACGUAUGUGCCUUGAAAUAAAGUGGCUAAGUGCUGUGUGGUGCAAACGUAAUAAGUGUGUGGAUAUGUUUGCUCCCUUAUAUAUCAACGACGUGGUGUGUUUUUGAUUUAGAAAUUUAUACAUAUACAUAUUAUAAUAUAUUAAUGUUCAUGUAUUAUGCGUUAAGCACAAAAGCGAAAAUGUUGAAUAAUAUGGUAAAAGAUAAUAAAGUUGUUCUCUUUGUUGAUACAUAGGUA